GUGGAGAAAACGGCACCAGUCUCGGUCCCAUAAGCUAAAACUAGAUUGAGGGGUUCCCCCCCCCCAUUUUUUUUUAAAGCCAUGACCAUGGUCAGUAGUUUCCUAAACACGGAUGUGGCAUCUCCACCGGCUCUGACAGACCUGUGCCUGACUUAUGUGAGCCAGAAUCUGGAGUGUUUCUGUGUGAAGCGUCCUGACGGCUCCCUGUGCUUCAGAGAGGCUGUACUCUUCCCACAGGAGCUAGCAGAUCAGCUGCUGGCCAAGAUGGCCACUGAAGGUCUGUUGAAUGACAGCACAGUGGGUGUAUUUCGGAACUGCGAAUACCUGCGACUGAGACGAGCCUGCAUCCGUACGGCGCGUAUCUCUGCGGAGGCCUUCCAGAAAGCUCUCUGUCCUCACAGACUGUUGGAGCUGGAUGCAGCCAGGGUCAAUGCAGACCUCACUAUUCAUGAUAUUCUGCAGGGAUUGGCCACCAAUAAAUACUGUCAGGAGUCCCUCCAGCGACUUGGCUUAACAGGUCUCACCAUGUCCUCUCUGGAGGAACCAAUCCGCUAUCGCUUCAGCUCCCUCCAGGGUCUCCGCUCACUCUCUCUAGCCAAUGUAGACUUCUAUGACUCUGGGCUAAUCGACGUGUGCUCCCUGCCUCGACUGGAGAGCCUUGAUCUCUCCAACACCUCAGUCACCAACCUCAGUCCACUGCUGGGCCUGAAAGAGCGGCUGCGCUCACUAACACUGCACCAGCUGAAGAGGCUGGAGAUGAGCACUGCUCAGCUGCUGGGAGUCAUACACCAGUUGGAUGUAUUGCAGCACCUGGACAUCAGUGAUGAUAAACAGUUUACCUCUGAUGUGGCUCGUCAGCUACUUGGACAGCCAGGGAUCUUGCCCGCACUUGUUUCCCUGGAUGUGUCGGGGCGGAAACAGGUUACAGAUGCAGCUGUUAAAGCAUUUGUUAAGGAGAGACCAGGGAUGACCUUUGUGGGACUUUUAGCGACAGAUGCUGGUUUUUCUGACUUCCUCUCCGGAGAAGGAACUCUAAAGGUAACAGGCGAAGCCAACGAGACCCAGAUCUGUGAGGCACUGCGUCGCUACAGUGAGAGGGAAGGUUUUGUGAGAGAAGCUCUGUUUCAUUUGUUCAGCCUUACCCAUGUCAUGGAGAAACCACGGCCUGACAUCCUUAAGCUGGUAGUUUUGGGUAUGAAGAAUCACCCUGCUACUCUGAAUGUCCAGCUGGCGGCAAGUGCCUGUGUGUUCAACCUGACGAAGCAGGACCUGGCAGCGGGGAUGCCAGUCCGAUUGUUGAGUACCGUCACUCAGCUCUUACUGGAGGCCAUGAGGACUUUCCCCAACCACCAGCAGCUGCAGAAGAACUGCCUGCUGUCCCUGUGCAGUGACCGCAUUUUGCAGGAGGUUCCAUUCAACAGGUUUGAAGCUGCCAAACUAGUGAUGCAGUGGCUCUGCAACCAUGAAGACCAGAACAUGCAGAGGAUGGCUGUGGCUAUCAUUUCCAUUCUGGCUGCUAAGUUGUCUACAGAACAAACGGCUCAACUGGGAGCAGAACUGUUCAUAGUGAAGCAACUGCUCCACAUUGUGCGUCAGAAGGCUACUCAGGGCGUGGUGGAUGCCACCCUCAAAUUUACACUGAGCGCACUCUGGAACCUCACUGAUGAAUCACCUACAACCUGCCGCCAUUUUAUUGAGAACCAGGGGCUGGACCUGUUUAUUAAAGUUCUAGAGUCCUUCCCCAAUGAGUCCUCUAUUCAGCAGAAGGUUCUCGGUCUGCUGAACAACAUAGCAGAGGUUGGGGAGCUGCACGGAGAGCUCAUGGUGCAGGGGUUCCUGGACCACAUUAGCACACUGCUCCACAGCCCAGAGGUGGAGGUCAGCUACUUUGCCGCAGGCAUCCUUGCACAUCUGACGUCACGAGGAGAGGGGGCCUGGACGCUCAGCCCCGAUCUUCGAUCCUCGCUGCUGGAGCAAUUGCACACUGUCAUUAUGAAGUGGCCCCCGCCGGAGUGUGAAAUGGUGGCCUACAGGUCAUUUAACCCCUUCUUUCCCCUACUGGAGUGCUUUCACACCCCAGGUGUCCAGCUGUGGGCAGCGUGGGCCAUGCAGCAUGUCUGCAGCAAGAACGCCGCUCGCUACUGCAGCAUGUUGUUGGAGGAGGGCGGCCUGCAGCAGCUGGAGCAUGUUCAUACACACCCACAGACCCACAGAGAUGUUAAACUCCUUGCUGAGAGCAUUCUGGAGAGCCUGCAGCGCCACAGAGCCCGCACCGGCCAGCCUGCACACACACACACAAGUCGCCGCCCACCACCACAAUAACCUCAGCAAAGGAAAUAAGAGUCCCUGACCAAGAGGAGGACAUUAAAAUGGGUCACACCACCAAUAGGGGGAUUUUGUAUGUGUGCGUGCGUGUCUGUGGUAUGCAUAUCUCACGCACAAACACACUUUAUCAAGAAUCCCUAGAAAGUCUACAUUAAAGGACAGAGACUACGCAAUUCUUUGCACACACACUAACCUUAUUUAUUUCUUUGUGUUUGUUUCAAAACAAGAAUAUUUCUGUGUGCCAAUGUUGUGAUAAAAAAAAUUUUUAAAUUAUGAUAAACUGCUCAAAUCUCAAGAUGAGGUUUGGGUUUGUGCUCGCUCUUGUUAGUGUGACUUUGGCAUCAUGGUGAUUUUCGUACCAAAAACAUGUCAGUGCACACAUACAAAUCUCAGUCAGGGAUUGAACCCUCAGAAGUUCCCCUGAGAGUCGCCACUCUCCAGCCCCUGUAGGUUACUGAGGGCUCCGGUUGUCUGCAUUGGUUGAUUAGCUCAUUAAAUAUACGCAUGACGCUGCUGUGAGCUCAAGCAUGCUGGAGUUUGCCUGAAUGCUUGUACUGUUCAUUUUAGGAAUGCCUGCUUGUUUUCUUAUAGCAGUGUUCUGUUCACUGAAACCCACACCUCUGGGUCUGCAAUACUACUGUUGCUCUCCUCAACAUUCAGUGUUUUUCAGCUAAUGCCUUUGAUUUGAUGUGACAGGACACUUGCCAAGGGUCUGUUCAGUGGGUUCAAAUGUCCCAGACAUAUGUCUGUCUACAAGUGUGGAGAAGUUGUAUCUCUUUAAGAUGCUCCAGUGUUAUUUCUUUUCUAAACAUUUGGCAGCCCUGGGGCAGUCAUAUCAGUGUUAAAGCCAGCAGUGCUGUAGAUCAGACAACCCAGAGUAGUAUUCACAUGAUUAGUUGAAAUUAUAGAGUACUACAGGCAGUUAUGUCUGAUUAAGUGCAAAUGUCCUUUCUGGAGAAAAAUGGCAAUACUGUCAGUAUAGUCAAAAUUGAUGUACAAUUGCGUAUUAAGUUACAAUUGUUUUCCCUAUGAGAAACUUGUGUAUAUGUUGGUAUGUCUGCUGUGCUUCCCAACACUUCCAGGUGGCUUAAAGACAGGGACAGCACUUCGCUGUGAGCAUGUUUGUAUGUACAUGUGUACAAGUAUCAGCAUCUUAGAGAGUGUACGUAAAUUGUACCUAACAGAAAAUAAGAGAGAAAUAGUCAUUAUUUGGAACUGGUUGAAUUGGUUGCAUGGACAUUGUUCUAUUGUAUGUUCCAUUGUUUUUUUGUCUUCUUCAGUUUAUCGGAUAAAGAAAUGCUUGUAGAAAAAUUGAGGGGAAAAUGGAGAAACAUUGUGAGUAAGGGGUGUUAUUUGAAAUAUUCAAGGGUAUUUCUCUUUUCUGAAACCACUAAUGUGACAUUAGUGACAUUAGUAUCCUCAAGGAUGCCAUUUUACCAAGUACACGUCUGUUGUCCAGAGAAGUCCCCAUGUGCUUAAACAGCUGACCCUGAUGCCCACAUUCUCCUCGCUCAGCUCUCAUUAAGGCACCUGCCACCAUUCUCUAUGCAAUCAAAAGUAAAGUUUCCGUUGCAACCUGCUGUCAAACCCCUGAUAAAACCAUGAUGACACUUUAAAAAGCUUCAGCAGGAAUCGCAGUGACAGGUCCCAAGACUUGUACAGAAAAUGUGUCUGUUAAUGGAAAUAAAUAUAAAAUAUUGGGCUACAAAUGGUACAUGAAAAUAGCUGUUAGCAAAACACACAUAACCACAUCUGCUCAGUGAAUUAUGGCCUUGUUUUCUGUAAAUUAGUUGUUGUAUGAGCUUGCAAAUUCCGCACGUGUCCCAGGCAAAUCUCAUGAGUUUCAACACGGGCGAAGAGCAGCAGAUGACACAGAACUUGCUUUUGUUCUUUUCUGUUGUUCCUUCUGAUGUGUUCAAUUGUUUAGUUGAGCCCCUGGACAUCUCCCUGGAUGAAAGCCAGUUUGUUUUUAGCAAGAAUUUAAUUCAGAUGGAAAAUGCAAAAAGUAAAGAUAUUGUAUGUCUGCUGUGACUGCGCCAUGUUGCUGCUGAGUCACGUUUUCAAGUUUGGAGAAAUAAAGAAUGUACAUUCCUAUAAACUGGAGAUGACGCUUGUGGGAGUAAACAAA